GGCAGACAGGGGGUGCUCGGAGGGGAGGAGGGGGCUCGGGCCGAGAAGAGGCAGCAGCAGCCCCCCGCCCCCAGCCUCCGUUCCCCGCACACACACACAUCCGCACACUCACACCCCACCCCCUAGUCUGGCUGGGAAUUUGAACCGAUCCAGCCUGUUUAAACGGAAAGGACACAGAUCUUCAAUGUAAAAAAAAAAUCAGAUCAGACCCAGAGAGAGAGAGAGAGAGAGAGAGAGAGAGAGAGAGAGAGAGAGACACGGAGAGGGAGGAGUGUGUGUGUGUGAGUGUGUGUGUUUGUGUGAAAGAGGGAGAGGGAGAGCGAGCGAGAGGGAGAGAGAGGGAGAGCGAGAGAGAGGGAGGGAGAGAGAAAAGAAGAGGGGGAAAAAAAGGAAAGAAGAUUUUCUCUAUGUAUAUAAAGAUGGCCACGUUAGCAAACGGACAACCAGACAAUACCAGCCUGAGUAGCAAUCACAGCAACCCCAGCACCAACGGGCAUAUGAACGGAUUAAACCAUAGUCCCGGAAACCCAUCCACCAUCCCAAUGAAGGACCACGAUGCCAUUAAGCUCUUUAUUGGGCAGAUCCCCCGUAACCUGGACGAGAAAGACCUCAAACCGCUCUUCGAGGAGUUCGGGAAGAUCUAUGAACUGACGGUGCUGAAGGACAGGUUCACUGGCAUGCACAAAGGCUGUGCCUUCCUAACAUACUGCGAAAGGGAGUCUGCUCUAAAGGCCCAGAGUGCACUGCAUGAACAGAAGACACUGCCGGGGAUGAACAGACCGAUCCAGGUGAAACCAGCGGACAGCGAAAGCCGAGGAGAAGACAGAAAACUCUUUGUGGGCAUGCUCAAUAAGCAGCAGUCGGAAGAUGACGUGCGCAGGCUAUUCGAGGCAUUUGGCAACAUCGAGGAGUGCACAAUCCUUCGGGGACCCGAUGGCAACAGCAAAGGGUGUGCAUUUGUGAAAUACUCUUCACAUGCCGAGGCCCAAGCAGCUAUCAAUGCUUUGCAUGGCAGCCAGACAAUGCCGGGAGCCUCUUCAAGCCUGGUGGUGAAGUUUGCAGAUACAGACAAGGAGCGUACAAUGAGACGCAUGCAGCAAAUGGCGGGACAAAUGGGCAUGUUCAACCCCAUGGCCAUCCAGUUUGGAGCCUAUGGCGCCUAUGCACAGGCACUGAUGCAGCAGCAGGCCGCGAUCAUGGCUUCGGUGGCGCAGGGCGGCUACCUGAACCCCAUGGCAGCCUUCGCCGCGGCCCAGAUGCAGCAGAUGGCGGCUCUGAACAUGAACGGCCUGGCGGCCGCCCCCAUGACACCAACCUCAGGUGGAAGCACGCCUCCUGGCAUAACUGCACCAGCUGUGCCUAGCAUCCCAUCUCCAAUAGGGGUGAAUGGUUUCACUGGCCUCCCGCCGCAGGCUAAUGGGCAGCCCGCCGCAGAAGCUGUGUUUGCUAAUGGCAUCCACCCUUAUCCAGCACAAAGCCCCACUGCAGCAGACCCCUUGCAGCAAGCCUACGCUGGAGUGCAGCAGUACGCAGGUCCUGCUUAUCCUGCUGCUUAUGGCCAGAUUAGCCAAGCGUUCCCACAGCCGCCUCCCAUGAUCCCACAGCAACAGAGAGAAGGACCAGAGGGCUGUAACCUGUUUAUCUACCAUCUGCCCCAGGAGUUUGGGGAUGCUGAGCUGAUGCAGAUGUUCCUGCCUUUCGGUAAUGUCAUCUCCUCGAAAGUGUUUGUGGAUCGGGCGACAAACCAAAGUAAAUGCUUUGGUUUUGUGAGUUUUGACAAUCCUGCCAGUGCCCAAGCUGCCAUCCAGGCUAUGAAUGGCUUCCAGAUUGGCAUGAAGAGGCUGAAGGUGCAGCUGAAGAGGCCAAAGGAUGCUAAUCGUCCCUACUGAAGGGUUAUGGAAACACUGGAUACAAAGCACUAGCACAGGUAACUGCAUGGGGAAGGGGGUGUCAGCUGUGGUUGUAGCCUCUCCUUUGUGCUGUAGACCCUCAAAAAGAUUCAGCUCUGCAACUCUCUGGCUUCUGCCUUUUCCACUUAGGCCUCUGGCUAGAGCCACACCACACAGACACACACCCACACAUAAACCAGGAACUGUUUGUGCCUCAUUAGAAAGAGAGACGGAAGGAUGCUUAACGAGGGUUCCCCACCCCGGCAGCAUCCUGCAUCUCUCCAAAGUCUUCCUGGUCACUAGAGGGGAGGCAGCAGCUGUCCUGAUUCCCCUUGCUUGGCCAAAGACAGCAUUUCUGGUGGCUGAAGAAAAUCAGCAAUUAAGCAAUGGGACUGGGCUGCAGUUUAAUCCCAGGUGACUGGACUGGGACAGUGUCUGUCUCAAUAGCUCUGUGUUGCAAAUGUUUCAAAGCAUUCUUCAUUCUUCAUGCGGUAUAGUCUGUAUCUGAUUUCAUCCCAGCAUAAUAACUAUAUGUAAAUAUGUCUCCGUGACAACUAAAUAACAGCUAAUUUCUUUGUUCCCAAACCCAAGAAAUUAAUAGGAGGAUCCAUGCUGUCAUCUUGUUCAGUUGCUGUUAACUUCUGUGUAUAGAUAAAACCCAAACAAAGCCAAGGAAGCUUUGCUUGAGUGAAGACCUAGACAUAUCUGAAUGAGGGUCUCAUUGUUAGACUCACGUGCUUUGUGUUGUUGGAAAGGAGACAGCUUGAUGCUACCAGGAAACUUCAAAAACAUGUAAGAGUGUCAAAAAUAGCAGAAGCAGCAGCUUGUUUCAUUGCAAUUCCAGCCUAUUAGCAAUAACAAAAAUGGAGAUGUUUCCAAAAAUGGAAACAUUUUCCACUGCUGACUGGCCUUUCCAUUAGAUAAUUCUUUGAGAAAUUAAAUAU